AGUGGUAAACACAACUGAUACUGGUAAAUAUUUUACUUUUAUGAUUGCGUUUCCGAGUUAGAAUCGACGUUAAAUCGACGAAGUUAAUCUCUGCGAAAUGGCCGAAACCCCUUUGAGUUUGGGCGAGAAGACAUUUAUUAUUCAUGGAGUUGAUCUUGACUUCAGAAAUGAUGGUCGAUCCAGGUAUCAGUAUCGCCCUAUCGAGAUCGAAACCAAGCUGAUGAAGCAUACCCAUGGGUCAGCGAGAUUACGUAUAGGCAAUAUUACAGAUGUAUUAGUUGGCGUAAAACUUGAAAUUGACACACCGUAUGCUGAAAGGCCAGAGGAAGGCAAAUUGGAAUUUUUCGUAGACUGUUCUGCUAAUGCUACACCGGCAUUCGAAGGAAAAGGUGGGGACGAUUUGGCAACUGAAAUUAGCAACGUCCUUUCUAUGGCCUAUCAGACACCAAACGCCUUCGAUUUGAAGCAGCUGUGUAUAAUACCUCAUCAGAAAUGUUGGAAAAUGUACGUGGACAUUUUGAUCCUUCAAUGCGGUGGAAAUCUAUUUGACGCUGUUGGUGCUGCGGUGAAGGCGGCAUUGUAUAAUACUGAAAUUCCAAGGGUGAUCACAGCCACUCUCGAUGGUGGCGAACCAGAUAUUCAGGUGUCAGACGAUCCUUACGACUGUAUUAAACUAGACGUCACAAAUUAUCCAGUGGUAUUAACAGUAUGUAAGAUUGGUGACAACUUCGUGAUAGAUCCAACGUCGGAAGAAGAAUCUUGCAGUACCGCUAGUAUCCUUAUGUCCGUGAUGCCGAACGGCAAGGUGACGUCUGUAGUCAAGCUGGGAUACGGCAGCUUGUUGCCUAGUACCUUGAUUAAGAUGUUGCAGACUGGAAAGGAUAUCAGUUUCAAGCUAAACGAAGCUCUUAUGAAAGGACUGGAAGAGGAAAACAAGCUCGGCCAAACGAAGCCCAUAUUUGGAUUUCUUAGAUAACAUUGCGCGAUACGUUGUUAUGGAUUUUAAAAGAUACAAAUAUAUUUUUUUCAAAUUCUUAGUUAUGUGGACUCGUUAGACUGCACAGUACUCCUCGCUAUUUGGUUAUAACUUAUGUUUGGUUAACGUUACGACGCGACGUUUCUCAAACUCUAACAGAGCAUUUUUGAUACUUGUAAAAUUUGAAGAUUGCAAUGAGAAUAAGAUUGUAAAAUGAAGUAUCAAUAGUAUAGUUUCAAUAGCAUUUGACUAUAUAACAAUAUUUAAUUUAAUUGUGUAAAUUGUGUGUGUGUGUGUGUGUGUGUGUGUGUGUGUGUGUGUGUGUGUAUGUGCGUGCAACUUUGCAGAGCGUAUGAGUUUGAAAAUCAUUACUUUGAAAGAAAAUUCUCAUAAGGCGACAUGAAAGGUAUGUGUAUGUAUAAUGAUAAAGUAAUCAAAUAAACGGUACCAGAGUCGUAUGUGUAUAGGUUUCAACACACACAUACACACACACAUACAUACACUAUAUACUAUUAUUUUUUAAUAAUAAUUGUCCCGUCUUCUAAUUCGGGCAAGAGUACAUAAAAAUCUUUUAAAACUUCAAUAAUUUCGAACUCUUCAGUAGAAGUUCAACAUCGUUCAUUUAUCGACUCUGUAUGGCAUUUUCUUCCUUUCUUUUUAUUCUUUUUAUAUGUAAAACUCGCGUCGCGCUUUGCGUAUUCAACUCGAGACGUAUUCUACAAUUCGUACUUUAUUUAUUAACACUGACCUCCGCUCGCUUCGAUUAUAUCUUCACAGGCGGAUUAUUGAAGGUUCGAUAAUCAAAGUCGAUAAAUGAUACGCGUGCACACGCGCGCGAUGAAGUCGGCUCCAGUGAAUAUACUUAAAUUAACAUGUUUCUCGUCCACAAGAAUUAACAUUGAGAAAAAUAAUUUCUGACGCGAUUAUUUCAAUAGCACUCUGUUUUACAGUAGGAUAUUCUUACUGUCGUAUAAAUAUCCUCCAUGAAGUCAGUUCGUUAUAUAAUAUGGGCAGGGAAGCAGGAAAAUUCGCACGAAGCUCGAGCUGUGAUAACGAAAUCCGUUGUUUCAUUUCUUCUCUCAUAUUUUUUUUCAACGAUUCCUUAAAUAGAGUGGCUAUUACAAUGAUUAUGUUGAAAGUAGUGCUGAAAGUAGUGAAAGAUAUCUUUUCUUUUAGUUUCUUAUAAAUAUUCUGUUCUUAUACACAGUAGCGUUUUUCUUCCUCUUACGGAUUUGUUAAUAGUUUGUACAGAGGUCCUAGCAUAAGUAAUUCUUACAAGAUAAUAGAAUCGUUCUCUAAUGUGUAAUCGUAUGUGUAGUUACAAGUUCGUUAACGCGUAUGUAUAUAUAUAUAUAUAUAUAUAUAGAUCGAAAAUCGGACGUCCGAUUUUAGCAGCGGUGACAUCGUCGAGCGACAUGUAGGAACCUCCCUUUCACACACACAUUCUCUCUCUUUCUCUCCAACUCUUUUUCGUAAUUUGAAAACAAUUGAACUUGACGAGGACCGAAGAUCGCAUUUUUGCAUGGCUAUCGACGCGAAAUCAAUUUCUCGCAUGUAAAACAACGUUAGACAUACGAAUGCAUUUGUUAUUGCGUCACGCAGCGUAUUUAAGUCAGAAACUCUGAUUACCAUAAGUAAAUUAUAAAACGCCAGUCAAUUUGUAUGAACAAGAAAUUUUUUUUAAUUAGAUAUCG